UCGCGAUACCUGAAUCAGAAUCCAAACUACACAAUGCCUGAGGGACCUGAGCGUGGCCAGUCACCCCCGCCCGAGCGGUCGUCGGGCAGACAGAUGCUCGAAACCCCGGCGUCUGGGAAAGGCACCGAUGAUGCCACAAACAAGCAGGACGUGAAUAAGGAGGCUCUCGAGCAUUUGACCUCCAACCCCAAGGGCCCAUUGGACGAUGAAGUUACCAAAAAGUUCGCAAAGACAACCCGGCCGGGUCCCGAGGCCUAGAACUGCUGGCGUUUCAGAAACGGGGGAUCCGAGUUACCAAUUUCUUUGCAAGCAUCAAGCUUUCUUCUGUAUCUGCAUAUAGGUGCCUGGGCCGGCAGCAGGGAGCAUUGAGAAGCCAACGCCGACGUUUAAUGUAGUAGAAUUGCAAUUUCGUGUGGAAACAUUGCCGUCUCUACAAAGUACUUCGUAGACUUGUUGCACUACAAUGCGUUGUGCGGGCAAAUGAUGAGUAUCACAACAACAAGGCGCCAUCAAGUCGAAAAUUACAACCUUA